UACUUGGUCGCCACAUACGCACAUUGAACACUACAACUGCUCGGGUAGAGGCACGCAAGGAUGCCGACUUGCCUUAUCAUAGCUCCAGGCUAUUAAAUUAUGGCAUUUAUGCUCGCCACUGUACAGGUAUGGGUGCAUGCCGGGAAACAGCAGAACCCGCCACACCGACUCUAUGUGAGAAUAGUGCACGAUAAGAGUGAGAGACAGGGCGCCUGCAGGGUAAUUUGGCCAAGGGAAAAUGUAGCAAGAUCGCGAGACAAAACUCCUUCAAGGAAAGCAAAUGGUGACUGGUAUCUAUUCCGCCUCGUAGAAACCUUCAUCGUAACAAUGAAGUUGAGAGUCACAGGGACAAAAUGCGAGUAACAUCAGGAGACCAUUUGUUACUAUGACAGGACCAAAAUCGCACCUCACACGGUGCACCUUCGGCACGGUAAUGAUAGAUCAAAUUUGAGC